GCACCUGCCGCGGCGGGGGCCUCGGUGACAUUGGGGCUCGGUGGUAGACGGGGGAGGCACCGCUGCGGAGCCCGCAGAGAGUGAGACCUUCACUCGCACCCAUCUCUGCCACACCGCCGCCUCCACCGCCACCACCACCACACCACCACCAUGCUACGCGUUGUCCUCACCCACGCCAAGAAGCACCCGGCCUUGAUCCCUCUGUUUGUGAUCAUUGGAUCUGGAGGUGUUGGUGCAGGCCUGUAUCUCAUGCGUUUGGCAAUGUUCAACCCUGAUGUCAGCUGGGACAAGAAGAAUAACCCAGAACCUUGGAACAAAAUGGCUCCCAGUGACCAGUACAAGUUCUACUCGGUUAAUGUGGACUACAGCAGGCUGAAAAAGGACCGUCCUGACUUCUGAAAACACAGUUAUGUCCGUGAGCUGCACAGAAUGGUCUUCCGGAAGCCGUCCGCACAAGUGUCGUGCUUGAUCACCCAGGAAAUWAUCAAACUUGCCUCACACAGCACUCGCUCAUGUGUUUGACUCUGUUUUGAUGAGGCUUAAUAAAAGUUUAAAACUUGAA